CCCCCCCACCCCUCUUCUCUCUCCCGCAUGAGGUACGCUCCCUCUCAUUCCCCAUCCAUCCGCCAUUAAAACCCUAAUCCCAAGCUCCGCUUAUGGCUCCGCUUCUCCAGAAGCUCUCCUUCCUCCUCCGCACCUCUUCCUCCUCUUCCCACCUCCUCCGAUCCCUUCUCCUGUCCACGGCAACAGCUUCGAAGAAGCCCCAAAACCCUUACGCUCCCGAGUCCCAUUUCAUGGUCGAUUACCUCGUCUCCUCCAUUGGGCUCUCCCGGGACCAAGCCAUUAAGGCCUCCAAGGGCCUCGCCCACCUCCGAUCCCCCGAUCGCCCCGACGCCGUCGUUGGCUUCCUCAAGCGCACCGGAUUAUCCGACGCCCACAUCAAAAGCCUAAUCUCCUGGCACCCCAAAUUGCUUUGCGCCAACACGGAGAAGACCCUCGAGCGCCGCGCUAAGGAGCUCGAGGAGGGCGGCUUCUCCGGGCCGCUGCUCGUCCAGGUCGUCCGGUCCAACCCUUUUGCUUUCACCAUCAAUGGCGUCCUCCAAAGGCUCCAGUUUUGGAAAGAGUUCGUCGGCGGCGACAACACGGUUUUCUCUAAGGUUGUGAGAAGAAAUAGGAUGCUUAUUAACUAUGAUAUCGAAAGGAAGGUUGUUCCUAAUAUUACUCUUCUGAGAAACUACGGAUUGUCCGACAAGGAUAUCACGCUGGUGAUGAUGAGGGUGAACGGGUUCAUACUCCGCUCGCCGAUCUCGAUUAAGCAUCUGCUGAAGCAAACAGAGGAUUUGGGCUUCUCCCCUGAGUCGAAGAUGUUCGUGCAAGCUCUGUCAGUGGUGGCCAUGAUUAAAAGUACGACCUUGCAGAAGAAGAUCGAGCUUUUCAAGAGCUUUGGGUGGUCUAAAGAUGAGGUUCAUAAGGCAUUUCGGAAGUGCCCGAAUGUGCUCUCGCUCGCGGAGGAGAAUGUGAGGUUGAAAAUGGAUUUCUUGCUGGGGAAAGCAGGCUGCCUGCCGGUGUAUAUCAAAGAGAGGCCGAUGCUUCUUGCCUACAGUUUGGAGAAGAGGCUGGUGCCUCGGCAUCAUGUGAUGAGUAUCCUCAAGGAGAAGGGGAUUGGAAAGUAUUUUAGCUUUUAUAGUGUCGUUGGUUUACCCGAGAAAAACUUUGUUGAGAAGUUUAUUAGGCGCAAUGAGAAAGGAAUGCCAGGUCUUGACAAGGUCUAUGCUGCUGCUUGCGCCGGAGUGAUACCCACUUAGUGGUCUCGAAGUUUCUGAAUGAAGUAUGGUGCUUUUCUACGUAAACGGCAAGAUCAUGAGCUCUUGUUUAAAUUUUAAUGCUCAAUUUGCACCUGGUUGUGGAGAGUACCUUCAUUAUGCUUGGAGGAAUUGUAAAAACUUCACUAAGUCAAGGCAUCGAUAUUUCUCAUGACCAUGAUUUCUAUUCUUUCAUGGUUUUGUUUAGAUUCUGAAUUUUCCUUUAAGGUCCAAUCUGUUUUGUGGUAGCAAGUAUGUAAUAUUUAUUCGAUCCCAAGUUCAAGCCUCUUAUCAGCAUGUCUUAUCUUAUAAGGCGCUUACAGAGCUACACGAGUGUUCAUAAUUUGCUGGGAGAUUAUCAGAGAGAGUUUGUCAUUCCCCUGGUUUGGUUGCUUCUAAAACAGCUAAUAGUUUGCUUCUCUAAUAGGUUGUUUGAGUUCAUCUGAGUUGUAUUAAGCAGGAUAGUUUUACGUGAUCCAUAGCUAAUGUAGGAAUUGUUUAGUCUACUGUUUUAGUCUAGUAUUACGAUAUAUGAUUCUUUUCUUGAUUCAUCAAUUUGUAGCGCUAGCAACUCUCCUUUGUUAUUGUUAUUUGCGUGUGGUUUCAAGUUGGA